UUCCCCAAGUAUAAAACUGUCAUUAUCUGACGUGGAGGACGUAAACACACCUGGGCACCACGCGGACAACAGCACGCGGCGCUCUGCUGGUAAGUUCAGCCAAUCCCCUUUUCUGACGCAUUGCAUACAUUUAGCCAGGGUUUGGUGUACCAUGUUUGUUUUUGUUGACCAACCAUCACAGUAAUAUUUUAAAACAAGUUUUGUUUUUUUUACUUUAUUUUGUGCAGCCUUUUAAAUUGAAAGACUAUGGCUAAAAAUCAUUAUUGCAAUGAUUAUUUAAAGUCUUAUAAGCCCUUUACUUUUUUUUUUAAUGUAUAGCAUAAAUAUUUAUAACAAGAAAAAUAUAAUGUUCCGUUGUCCAUGAAACAGAUGUAGACAAAAAAAGAGUACAGCAGGUGAGAUGAGGAAGUGACCUUUAACAUAAAAGAGUGCUGUGUUUUCUUGUUUUUUUGGGGGCUGCUUUGUUGAUGACCUUCCUAACUGUUGAUCAUUUCCAAGUCAAAAUGGAAAAAACAAAUGAGAAGCUUUUAUAGGCGGAGCAGAUCAUUGGUAAACUCAAAGAGACAAACACUGAGCCACACAACAGGAAGGAGGCCGUCGGCGUCUGUCAAACAGAACAAAGAAAAGUCUUUAUGGUUGGAGUCAUGCAAUAACACUGAGUGGGAGGGAGACCAGUCUCUAUCUUCACACCUGGAUAGUUAAAACUCAUUAUUACUGUGUGCAACAAGGUGGAAAAUGCAAAGUCAGUUAUUACCAUAUUCACAAGAAUUACAUUUGUCACAAUCAGACUAUCUGAGCAAAAGAAUUUGGUCAAAAAAGAGAUUUUUGGUGUCAGGAAGGAAUCAGAUGAACCGGCAACUUCCAAACUUUGUCUGAAGACAAUUAGAGACAGUUAGAUAAAUGUGUCAUUUUAUUAUGACAAGAUUGACACGAGACAAACUUUAAGACAACAAUAUUGCAGCCGUUGCCCAAAAACAUCCUGAUCUAGAUCAGAAAAAAGUUGUUUGCUGACAAAAAUCUAUUGGAGAAGCGGAUUAACUGCUAAAUAAUUAUUCUAAAAAGCUUCUUCCCACAAGUUGUGAGACAGCUGUGAGACUGUCCUCCUCAUGCAUACAUGCUCUCACAAACUCCACUCUGCAAUAAGACCCAAAGGAUUACCCCCAACCCCCCAAACUCUACCCCCUCCAUAAACAGGACUGCUGCUAAACGCACAUAAGUCACUUUAGUCACACUAUUUUAUUUUUAUUUAUAUUUUAUUCUAUUUCAUCUGUAUUUAUCUUAUUUUACUGCCAUUUUUAUUCUUUGAUUGUUUUUUUAUUGCUUGCUUCUUUGCACUGUCAUGCUAGCGAGAAACAACUUCUCGUCUCACCUGUGUAUUUCUCUGCAAAUACUAUGUGUGGAAUGACAAUAAACCAAAUCUUGCAUCUUGAAUAAUGGACACACUGCAAGCGCUUUAAGCACCAAGAAAAAGCGCGGAUAAAUCAAAUCCAUUAUUAUUAUUAUUACAUCAUCCCAGACUUUAUCAGGAAAAUUGAGUAGUGUGAUACCCUGUAGUUGGAGUACACCCUCUGGUCCCACUUCCUGAAAAUUCUGAUCGCUACCCCAAUUUGCCAGGAUCAGAAUAUUCCUUCCACCCAUUAAUAAUGUCCUUAGUCAAGGUCAACAGAUCAUCCUUGAUAAUGUAGACAGAAUGUGGAGAGAACUUUCCACUACUGAAGCACUGAAUUUUUGUCAGAAUUUCUCUGAGCCCAGCCAAUAGUCCUUAAACGUCUCACAGACUUUUUGCUUCUGGUUGGACGGCAGAUACCAACCCUUGAUUAACAGGGCCUUGAUUAGGACAGCCCUAAGCAUCAUUCAAGAUCUCAAACCGCCUUAACUCCUAUAAGUUAAGUUAAUGGCAGUUCAUAGAGAAAAGGUGGCUGUUUACAGUUAAACGACAAAUGACAAAUACUGUACACCAAUUAAAAUAAAAUGCUUACAACCCCAACUCUUUUAUUGGGGGUGUAACGAUGCAUUUUAACAAUGAUUCUAUUCAUAUCAUAAUUUGUGUUGGCUGAUCCGAUUCGUAGUCAAUAUUGAACAAUCCGAUUCAUUGACCUUAAAUAUAUAUCCAGGACGUUUGCAGCCAAAAAGUGUGACUCGGAGAGAAAUACCUGGUACUGAACAGUGCAGGUGAAGUUUUCCACAUUCCUUGUAUUUCUUCAGAUAAUCAGUCGUAAAUUAAAUAUGUGUCCAAACAAACAAGAAUAAAUGUCAAAUCCAUUCACAUUUUAGUUUCCUAAAGUUCAGCCCGAUGUUGUCUACAUCCAAAUAAUCUAAAAGGAACAUUAUUAGAACAUUCUAGCACACUGUGUGUGACAGCACAUGGUUGUUUUACCUUAAAGUAAAAUAAAUCUACCGUCCAAAUGGUAUUUUCCAAAGUUGAUUGAUCGAUUUAUUUCAUUUUGAAACUUUUUUAUAACGGUAGAGAUCAAAUCGAUCAACAAAAUUGUCUCAAACACAUCAAUCUAGUUGGGUCGCAGAAAUAAAAAUCGAUUUAUGGAAUAAUUGUUACAGCCCUAUUUUAUGGUUUUGGAGUUGCAGAGCAGGUCCAUCCGUCCAUCCAUCUGUCCAUCCCUCCAUCCAUCCGUCCGUCCGUCCAUCUCCUUCCAAUAUCUGUCACCAUCAUGCUUGACUCAACAACUGCCUGUCAGGAGUUUGAAGUGGCGGUUUACACGUCACCUGGUCCCACCUGUGGAACCUUCAGUCGCUUAUGGCUCAGCCUGAUUGGCUCACAGGGUGAGACUCCACCCAUCAGGGUAAAUGAUCAUCUCCUGUCUGGAUCGAAAUGUCUGGUCCAUGUUCGAGCCGAUGGUCCACUGGGUCAGCUGCUUCUGGUUCGGCUCAGGUUGGAGGUUCUGACUGGGUUUCCCAACCUGGACUGGCACUGCAGCAAGGUGGAGGUGUGCAGGAGGUCUUCAGGUCAGAAGGACGCAGAGGCUCAAGUGUUUCACUGUGACAAGUGGCUGCAGGCAGCAGAAGGAGAAGUGGAUCUGCGCAGUGGAAACUUGUGUUUGCUGGCAGACGAGACAGAAGAGAAGCUGAAGCUGCAGCGUCUCAAACAACUGCAACGUCAUCAGGAGCUCAUCAGGUGGCGUACGUUCAUUGAAGGAGCUCCUGCUUGUGCCGACCUGAAAAGUCUGUCUGAGCUGGGACCGAACCUCAAUUUCACCAGCCAGAACUCGGUCCUGGACCAGCACUACCUCAGAGGACUCUCCCGCCGCGAGGAGCCGUGGAAAAGCUUUUCUGAGCUGGAGAUGGUUUUUGCACACAGUGGAAGGCACAACCAGAUCGCCAGUUUUGUUAAAGCUCACUGGAAGGAGGACUGGUACUUUGGCUACCAGUGUCUGAAUGGCUGCAACCCUCUGCUGGUGCGUCAGACCCGUCUCCUACCUCCAAACUUGGCUGUCACCUCUGACAUGCUCCGCCCCUUCCUGCCUGGAGACUCCUCCCUUGAGCUGGAACUGCAGAAAGGAACCAUUUACCUGCUGGAUUACGAGGUUUUGGACAAAGUCCCGGCCAACGUAAUCAACGGGAAGCAGACGUACCUGUCCGCCCCACUGUGCCUGCUCCACCUGAACCCGCAGGGACAGCUGGUCCCCAUCGCCAUCCAGCUGCAGCAGAAACCAGAUCCUCAGAACCCCAUCUUCCUGCCCUCUGACUCCACCUGUGAUUGGUUGUUGGCCAAGAUGUGGGUCCACAACGCAGACUUCCAGUAUCACCAGCUGAUCUCCCAUUACCUGCGGACUCACAUGAUGUCUGAGCUGUGCUGCAUAGCCACACUGAGACAACUGGCAGAGUCGCACCCGCUGCACCAGCUGUUGAUGCCACAUGUGCGGACGUCCCUGAAGAUAAACCUGCAGGCCAGAGGAGGCCUGCUGGCUCCUGGGGGGGUGUUUGAUCAUGCCGUGGCGUGCGGUCUGCCGGCAAUAAAGGUCCUCCUCAGCCGGGCCUCAGCCAGGAUCUGCUACCGCUCCCUCUGUGUCCCUGAUGACCUGCUGGACCGCGGCGUGCACAAACUGCCCCACAGCUACUACGCUGAGGACGCACUCAGAGUGUGGGACGCCCUGCACAGGUUUGUGGCCGGCUGGCUGGAUGUGUACUACAGCAAAGACGAUGACGUGAAAAAUGACCUGGAGCUUAAUCAGUGGAUCACAGAGAUCAACACACACGGAUACUCACAACACUCAGGUUUCCCUCAGUCCUUCUGCUCCAAAGCUGAGCUGUGCAAGUUUGUCACCAUGAUCAUCUUCUCCUGCUCAGCUCUGCACGCUGGUGUCAACUUCUCCCAGCUGGACUUUGCUCUCUGGGUGCCAAACUGUCCCACCUCCAUGCUGCGCCCCCCCCCACAGGCCAAAGGUGUCAUCACAGAGGACGACAUCUUGAGUUUCCUUCCAGAUGUUAACAUCACCUGUCGUGUCUUGAUGGUGCUGAACCUGCUGUCACAGCCAAGCAUCGACUUUGUUCCCUUGUGUCAGUACAGGGAGGCCAUCUUCAAGGUGGGCAUCCAACGCAGGCUGUCUGAGGAAGUGCAGGCAGAACUCAGAGCCAUUUCUGACGCCAUCAAAGAGCGCAACAGUCAGCAAGUGCUGCCGUAUCCAUACCUGAGUCCGUCCCUCAUCGAGAACAGUGUCGCCAUUUAAAUCUUAAGCCAUCAACAAUGAGGUUUUUAGCUGUCAACACGAACCUUUUUGUAAAAAAUCUUUAAAAUUGAACAAACAACAUGUGAAUACAUCUGAGAUACUACAAUUUUUUUUUACUCCUUUUAAUUUACUUAUUUUAUGAUGAGGAGCCCGUUUCUGAACAUCUAAACAACAGUCACCAUUAAAAUUGGUUCCAAGUCCCACGCCGACUAUUUUUUUAUCUGUUGUAAGCGUGUUUCCAGUGGUCUUUUAGGGUUGAUUAAGCAGUUUUUAGCCUAUAUCAGAAAUACCUGUGUUGUUUUCUGGGACAUACUCUGCAGAGUGGCAGGAGUUCAUCAGAAAUUAACCUCCGAGUUGUUGGCAGGACCAUUGGCCUGGAGCAACCCACCAUUCCUUCUUUUCUGUUCUCUGUUUACACUCUCUCCCACUAGCUUACAGCCCCUCACACCCCCAAACUAAUAUUACCACUGCAACAAAAAUCAAUCAAUGUCAAUAUCAGAACUUUCCAGCUUGGAAUAUCGUAAAAAAGACCUUUUUAAACAGCUUUUUUUUCAUCUGCUCCUGAUUCACAAGGAUUUGAAUAAACAAAUAUUCAGAAA